UGUGACGUCACUGUUAGGCAAUGCUAGGCUAGGCUAACUGACUUUCAAACAGCUGACCGUGUUUCUCAGCACGUCCACCAAAAAUCUUCUUUCGCACAUUUCAACGAAGAUAAACGGCAUGAAUUUAAUAAGAUCCCGACUUGGCCUUGGAAACAUCUUGGGCGAGCACUGCAGACGUGUCACAGGAGCAUGGAUGCACAGAGGGAUGAGCAACAAGCCGCAAGAAGUCAAAGCAGACUCCCCGCCUGCAGCUCCAGUUCAAGCAUCUCCUCACCUGGGCUUCAAGAUCCCAGGCCACAAGCCCUCGCCCAUGGACACGAGGAUUCUGCUGUGGUCGAAACGCUUCAAGAGAGUAGAAGACAUACCAGAGUUUUUGCCGUUUGAAACGCUGGAUGCCGCCAAAAACAAACUCCGAAUAAGAGUCUGCUACAUGAUGAUAGCGGCGACGAUAGGUGGAUGUGUGUUGAUGAUCGUCAUGAGCAAACGGGCUGUCGCCAGACACGGGUCUCUGUCGGAUCAGAACUUGAAGCAGAAGGCUAAAUGGAGGGAGGACCUCCACAGACAGCAGGAAGCAGCGGCUGCUCUGUCUGACAAGGCCCAGUGACGGACGGAGCAGUAGGGAACCUGGAUCACCACAGGGCAGACUUUUCUUCAGUGAGUAGAACAGGCUGACCAGUCUGUGACAGAAAGAAAAAACUGUUAAGUAUUUGAGAGCAGCUGUCACAGGUUGCGUGUGUUGUGGUCUGUAUUUGUACAUGCAAGGGGCCAAACGACACAGGAGUAAAAUAAGAUGUGAUUAAAGAAGUACAAUAAGGUGAUUCAA